AUGCAAGUGAAGGUUGACGGAGCAUUGGUUGGUUUAUUUUCACGCAACGACAGUCUGAGCAGCAUAGCCCAGGCGACAUCAUGUGUGGUGAAGGCACCCACACACUUCAACAAGAGGACUCAACCUCAUGCUGUCUUUGAGAUAUCAGGUGCAAGUGAGGAAGCAGUAACAGCAGCACUGGACCUUCUUGCUUCUGAGCUCGCACAGGCCAUCGACAGCCCUGCAGUGGGCUACUCGCACUUCCUCUCCCUCCCCCUCGCCUCGCACCGCCCGCUGGUGGCUCGCCUCAGUGACUUGCGCUCCUCCUUGCUGCAGUCGGUGGGCUUCCCCUGCACCCACGAGCACCUCACAGCGCCAGCUGACGCUGCUGCUGGUAGCACUGCUGGUGUUGAUGGUGCUGCUGGUGAUGCUGCUACUGCUGAUGGUGGUGACAAUGCUUCUGGUGAUGCUGAUGGUUGGGCUACAAUAAGGGAGGGAGAGGGAGAAGGCGAUGUGGAGGGAGAAGGUGUGAAGGAUGAUUGUGCAGCAGCAGUCGGGGCGAGGGAAGGGAUAGAAGACUGUGGGGAGGAAGCGGUGGAAGGGGAAGGGAGAGCAGAUGCGAGUGCGGGAGAGGAGGGAACAGGAGGAAGUGUGAGAAGAGGAGGGAAGAGAGUGCGCGAUGGUGACGAUGCUGCUGCUGCUGCUGCCGAUCCUGUUACUGCAGCAGUGGGUGCUGCAGUUGGCGAUGCCUCCGCUGCUACAACUGCUGGCGGCGAGUCUUGUGUGUGUGCUGCAAGGGGGAAGGGUGGUGAAGAAGAGAGGGCGGCAGUUGCAGGGCAAGAAAGGGAGAGCGGAGAGGAAAAGUCUUGGGAGCAGCAGCCAGGUGGUCAGAGAGGGAAGGGAGUGAAGGACAAGUAUGGGGGCGUGCACCCGUCCAUCUUCAUCAACCCAGCCACCUUCCACCUCACCGUGCAAAUGCUCAAGCUCUGGUCGCCCCUCCGCGUGCAAGCAGCCGCUGACGCCCUGCAGGCGGCCAUGCCGAGAGUGCAAGAAGUGUUGGGCGACGCGCCUCUUGUCAUUCGCCUCCUUGGCCUCAAGUGCAUGCGGGGGCAUCCCUCCAAGGCGCAUGUGCUGUAUGCUGACAUGCAGGAGGUGGAUGGGGGCAACCGCCUCCGUGCCGUCUGCGAGGUUCUGAGGGCAGCGUGCAGGGAGGCAGGGCUAGUCACACCUAGGGACUGCCAUCAGCCGCUUAAGCUGCACGCCACCAUCAUGAACACGAGCCACCGGAAAGG